UAUGAUUAUGGAGACUGUAAAUGAAGAAAUAAGCGACCGUUAACGUUUUCAGUAUUUUUAUGCCGAAACAGUUUACUUACUGAAUUUUAUUUAAUAAAUUAGAAACUUAUCGUCGGAAACUAAUUCACGUAUUUCAUGAUAUGGAUGAAAACCUUUUGAAUAAUUUUGAAUCUCUGUCUACGGAUAAAGUUUCUGAAAUUUUGGCCGAUUUUAACACGAAGCAUGCUCAAUCUUUUACUUUCUCAGAACUUGGACUGGAACUAAAGAAGAAAUUAGUAAGUCAGCUGUUUAAGCAGUUAAAUGAAGGCAAAUCUGGGCAAGCUGUUUUUCUGGAAACUCUUCGUAUCAUAAGCCGAGAGAAACCUCACAUUGAAGAACUUUUUACCAAAGAAUAUAUAGGAGUACUUGUUAAUUUAGCCGGACUAAUUGCUGCUGAAGAAGAGAUCCUGAGUCACUGUACAAGAGUUACAGAUCCUAAAGUUAUAGUGGAGGCUCAGAAGUGCUUAUGCAAUUUAAUAUACAACUGUAGUUUCGUGCAAAACGUGUGUUGCAAUAAUGGCUGCAUUGAAGGUAUUUUACUUCGCUUGAGAACUUAUAAAGAUUCAGAAAUACCACAUGAUGUCAAGUUCUUCGACAUGAGAAUGCUUUUUCUGCUGACUGCAUUGUGUGCUGAAAUAAGACCUAAAGUAAAGACCGAUCUGCAUGGAUUGACUUACUUGAUGGAAGCUUUAGAUCUCAUUCUGAAGGACGAUGAUGAUAACAAGAAGAGCCUCACAGACAAAGAAAUUGACAUGGCUUGUGAAGUGCUCAAAGUUCUUUUCAAUCUUACAGUCAACGUAGAGAAAUAUAACAUGGAAGAAGAGGAAGAGGCUCAUUACAUGAGGCUUGUGAGCAUUCUUCAUGAUUGCUUGUUGAUCGACGCCACCUCUUCGGAGAAGAAAGAUGAGUUACAAAGACAUACCAUUGAUCUUUUGACCAACAUGCCCAUGUCAAGUUAUGCUGAGCUGUUAACCCCAUAUCUUGAAGAUGAACAAAAAUCAGUCAAUGUUUUUGAAGGUACAGAUAUGGAAGCUGUUUGUGUACUUUUAAGUUUUCUGGAAAGAAGGUUAAGUAAGCCAUACAAGAAUUCAAAGGAGAUUUUGUCGCCCAUUCUCACCACUUUGAUUGAAUGCUCUCGUGCCAAUAGCACUAUUCGAAAAUUUUUACGCAAAAAGGUUUUGCCUCCAUUAAAGGAUGUCAUGAAUCGUCCAGAAGAUGGAAUUACUUUGAGAAACAGGCUGGUUAAACUCAUGACUUCUCCUGUGUUUGAUGUUAAAGAAUUGGUUGCUGAUUUUCUUUUCGUGUUGUGCAAAGAGAAAGUGGAUCGUUUGGUGAAAUAUACAGGAUAUGGCAAUGCUGCAGGAUUACUCGCUAAUCGUGGACUCAUGUUUGGGGGUCGAGGACGAAAUAUAUAUUCUAGUGAAUCAGAAGACAGUGAUACUGAAGAAUAUCUAAAAAUGAAAGAUAAAAUCAAUCCAGUAUUGGGGUGUUACCAGGAGCCACUACCUAAUCCACUGGAAAAUAUGACAGAGGAGCAGAAGGAACACGAAGCUAUUCAGUUGGUUAAUUUGAUGGAUAAAAUGGCUAGAGAUGGGAUUAUUCAGCCAAUGAGAGUAGGUCCUGAUGGCAUACCGCAGCCGAUUUCUCACGUACUGGAGCUUCAAGAUUAAAAUGAUUCAAUGAAGACAUUUGUAAAUAGGUUAUUAAUAUUGUGUCAUUGUAACUCAUGUUGUGUAUCAUACUGGACAUCUAUAAUAUAUUUGUGUAUCAUAUUGUGUAUAUGUACUGUAGAACUGACCCAACAAAUUAAUAAAAGCCCCAUUUUAGAAGGUAAA